AGUCAUGUCUGUGUUUAAUGCAGUGACUUCCACUACAGAGUCAUGUCUGUGUUUAAUGCAGUGACUUCCACUACAGAGUCGUAUGUACCCAGUCAUGUCGCGUUGCUGGAUUAGACUCGUGUCCAGUUUUUAUGUAAAUGAGGAUAUUUGUGGAUUUAAGAUUUCAGGUUAAACAUCAGGGAGUUAAAGUCUGCUUAUUGAUCGAGGUUUCAGCUGAAGCUUUGCUCACAGUUCUAGGACUCUGUGUGGUUUGACAUUAAACCUGUUACACCACAUAAAGUCUACUAAAAAUACACUAAAACCUCAUCCAGGACAUACAACCAAAAACAACCAAUGACCAUGAACUCAAGAAAAAAACCGUUAUAAAGCAUCAGAGGCUGCUUCCUUUGAAAAGAGCGCAUACAUUCAUCUCUCUCACAUUGAUCUCUGUUUUAUUCACUACCCUGACUCUAACACAGCGUGCAGCGGUCCACCUCAGAGUCCUCUUAUUGUCUGCAGCGAUGAGUCGGCGCAGGAUCUCGGUGAAGGAGCUGGGCGUGGUGGACUGUGAGGGCUGGCUUCACCGCAGGAAGGAGGGCCGCAGCUUCCUGGGGAGUAAGUGGAAGAGAUACUGGUUCCUCCUGAAGAAGAGCUCUCUGUACUGGUACAAAGACAAGAUGGCGGACCAAGCUGAAGGAUUCAUCAACCUCUCCGGCUUCUCCAUCCAACAGGCCAAACAGAGCCGCAGGAAACAUGCCAUGACAGCCGCUCAUCCUCAGGUCGUCACCAUCUUCAUCGCAGCAGAGAGCUUCACAGACAUGAACAGGUGGAUCAGUAAGCUGUCCGAGGCGGCGGAGGCGUGCGACAUAAUCAACACCGAGGAGUGUUACAGCGAGGGCAGCGAUCAGGAGGACUGUGACGAGUGUGUGUCGCCUUCUUGUUCUCUGGACUCAGGACAGCCCGUCUGUGGGUCUUCCUCCUGCACCCUACAGGGUGAAGACAGGAGGAGGAGCACGCUGGAGGGCGCAGGACUGAGUAGAAACAGAAGAAGAAGAAAAGCCUCAAGGGGAGCGAGCGUCUGGCUGGACCUCCCCAGGCUGGAUGCAGGCCACACAGGAGUCCCCCUCCCUGUGGUCCUCGUCCAAGGAGAGAGAGUCCAGGACGUUAAUCCAGAGACGCCCCCAGAUGAGAUGGAGAACCUGUACGUCCACCUGAAGUCCGCCAGCUUGUCUCUGAUUGGACGGCCCGGGCAGAGAGACUUCAAGGCCUCCUUUAUCAGACGGUGUCAGAAUGAUAAACUCAACGAGAAGCUUCACCUGCUCCGGAUCCUCAGCAGCACCUUAAAGGCUAAAGAGUCGGAGCUGCAGGCCGUGGACCAGAUCCUGAUGGACCCCGCCCUCACAGCGCCCUCGUACCGGAGCUGGAAACGGUCCAACCCGGUGCUCCUGCAGGAGAUCAGGGAGAGGGACCAGGCAGCAGGGGGCGCUGCAGAGCUCAGCUCAGGACAGGCCUCUGUUACCUGAGGCCAGCCACACCUGAGUUUCUAAGACUCUUUUCACUCUGAGAGAACUUCUAUCAGUUAAAGGACAAUUUAUAAACCAGGAGAGAUCCUGACUCUCAGGUUUCAGGAGAAGAGACACUGAAAUGGUUCAAAGGAAGUAUGAGAGUCUGUUUCUGAGAUGUUUGAGGCUGACAGAAGAUCACCUUUGUGAAUAUGUAUUAAAGAAAGUCUCAUUCCUGU